AUGAUCGAUAUUCCUGCAGAGGAUUCGGAUUACGUGGAGGGAAAGCACCGGAUAAAUGCCAAAGGACUGAGGGUAUAUAUGGCUAGAACUGAUGCCAGUAAUCAAAGGCUAAUGCAGACUCUUGUUAGGCGUCGCGAUAGACAGCAGGAUGCUAUCGACGAUUUAGACCCCAAAUACCUUAGGAAGUAUCCUUUGGGUGUCGGGGUUGCUGACCCAAACUUCUUACAAGGGACGAUCUGGACACCUGACGGGAUAGCAGCCAAGAGAACUGCUGACGCACUCGCGGCUGCUGGUGCUGGAGGUGGUGGUGGAGGUGGUGGUGGUGGAGGUGGUGGUGGUGGUGGUGGUGGUGGUGGUGGUGGAGGUGGUGGUGGUGGUGGUGGUGGUGGAGGUGGUGGUGGUGGUGGUGGUGGUGUAACGGAGCCAUUUCAACUGUCUGGUGUAUGA